AUGCCUGGCACACCAUUACCAAGAGAACAAAUCUCGUCCCAGUAUCUAGAAGAAGAUGUCUCGAAUCGACUCGUCGCAGCGUCGUCGGUCAUCUUGGUGGUUACAACCAUACUGUUGGCUCUUCGUCUUUAUGUCCGCAGUCUGCCGAAUGUGAAGACUGGCCUCGAAGAUAUCCUGCUGCUCCCGGCAUAUCUCCUGUCCUUAGCAUCCUGUAUUUGUGGCUAUCUCGCAGUCACCCAUGGCGGUGCCGGUCGCCAUGUUAAGGCACUAAUGGUUAAAGACCCGAAUAUCGUAAUUGUACGAGGGAAACUGCUCUACUCACUCAGCUGGGUCUCGGCAUACUCCAACUGCUUCUCGCGACUCUCGGUCUUGGUCCUACUCUAUACUAUCUUUACGCCAGGUGUUGCUCGAAAAUGCACCGUUCUUCUGAUGGUAUACAUGGUCCUCUUCCUCAUCUCACAGACAAUUGCCGGUGCCAUGGAAUGCAGGCCACUCGCAUAUUUCUGGGAUCGUACGGGCGACGGAACAUGCAUCGAUCUCUUCCUGUUCUUCAAGUUGAGCGGGAUUUUAAAUAUAGUCGGCGACGUUGCCAUUAUGGUACUCCCCGCGCACACGGUCUGGAAUCUUCAGGCAUCAAUCGCCAAGAGAGUGGCUAUUUCAUUUGUCUUUCUCUCUGGGAGCAUAGGCUUGAUUGCGUCCUGCUUCCGAACCGCUUCCUUCUUCACGUCGCAAGAACAGUCUACCACAGAUCCUACGUGGGCGGAUGUUGAGUUGAUGAGUUGGACAAUAGUUGAAAGCGGCAUGUAUAUGACCGCUGCGUGCACCAUGCGCCUGCGUCCACUACUGCGAAAACUACCUGGGUGGUUUAAACAGUUCAAGACAACUCACGAAAGUGGCGUGACAGUUGAGAGAACUUUCACUAUAGAGGAUGGGAAAGGGUAUGAGAUGAACUUCUACGCGAAGCAAGGACAUAUCCCACUCAAAUCGUUUGAUAGAGAUCUUAACCGGACAAGUAUCCAAGGCCUACAGCGGCCGGCAGUAAAUAGGUAA